GUGAUUCAGUAAUGUGCUAUUAGGUCACAGGGAGCUGUUUAUAUGCCUGUAGCAAUCUGUCACUUGGCACUACUGUUUCCAGAGUGAGCCAGAAGCUGAAGAAUGUCAGAAGUUUUGUAGUCGUUAGCUCUGGUAAAACUGUCCUCCUUUAGUAAGAUCAGAUACUACUUAGGCUGCAAUAAUAGAACUGUUUCUAAUCUAAACAGAAUAUUUAAGCUAUCUUGGCACUUCACAACAUAGAUUGACCUAUUCAUUUUUUUAAAAAUGUUUAACUUCCUGAAAUCUUCAUUUUCCAAGGAUGCAAUUUGGGUUUGAUCUCUGCCCACAGACCACUGUUUAAGUGAAGGGCCUUAAAGUGUUGGAGUUGCAACAGAAAAGCAUCUUAUAUUCUCCUUAGGCAUGUGGUCACUUGAACUUGUAUCAGAUUUUAGGUGGAGGCAUCUGGACACAAGUGAGGAGUCUGUCACAAUUGAUGUGCAAUUCAUUCCUGGCAGAAGUAGUCGUGGUUUGUCUGUUACUUUUUGAGGCACUGGAACUAACAAUUCAGUCUUGUAUUGCACUGGAUAUCAUAGUCUGUGUUCCCUCUUCCUCUUCUCUGAUCUUAGGCAAAGAUUCUGUGUUUCAGAAGGGCUUGCUUGGGUUUGUUACCUCAUUCUGGGUACAUGAAGGGCUUUUCUUUUUUCUGAACUAGCAGUCUUUGGAUUUGUAGUGUAACUCUUCUAAAAUCCAGCUAUUUGGCAGGUUAUGGCUGAACUUGAUAAAUCUUGAUAAAGGAAACAGACUGGUAGAUGUCAGGAUUUAUGGAUACUUGUCUCGGAGCUGCUUUACUCCACAUCUUGUAAUUUUUAUCAAGGAAUUGUUCCAUGUGUUCUUCGUGGGAUAUGGGAUAGGCGGCCUGCUUGACCUGGCUGUUACAUGGGACUUUCCCAAACUUGCUACCACCUAAUAAACUUUUUGAAGGCUUGAAAUACUCCUGCUGUAUCAAGACUGAUGAGAAACUUAAACUUCCUCUUUAAAGAGAAACAGAACCAAGAUUUAAGGUACAGAGGUUUUAGCCCUUAGUCUCUUUUUUCCAUAUUCUAGUCAGCACCCAGAGGCACAGGUUGUUUUGCUACUCGAGUUUUGCUGUUUUCAUGCAGGAUUCCCUUCUGAACAGGUGAACUUUCAGGCACAAAGUUUGACAGUGGUAUAUUCCUCUGAGAAGCCUCUGCUGUGGGUGAAUUGGUCUUGCCAUGCCGAAGUAGGAACUCCUGAAGGUUUGUAUUUAAUUCUGGAUGGUUAGUGAAGCAGGUUUAAGUUUAGGGUUCGUAGAUGCCAUUGUCAAGAAGCAUAUAUUAUUUGGAGAUUAUUUCUGAAUCAUCAGUUGUAUGAAUUGUGUGUUUGGGAGUAGAGAGGGAUAUGGAGGAAAAAGUCCUGAUACUUUGGGCAUUAUUUGGUGCUUUGAUUCAAUUAAUUUUAGGCAUCUAUCUGUUCCUUUCAUGGAUGAGGAUGCAGUUCAGCAGAUCAGAAGCAGGCAUGAAGUAGCUGGAGCACUUGGUGGGACUGCUUCCGACAAGUUGGUGCUUUAUGAGGUGGAGUAUAUUUCUUUAAAACAUUCUUCUGAGUAUUUUUGACAUCUGGGGCUUUGGUAUGCUUAUGUAGCUGGUAUUCUUCCCUCUGUUCAUAUUCUGCAAGCUAUAAUUUAGUGUCAGUCUUUUGGGGACCGGAUUUUAAGCUUUUAGUGCUGGACAAUAAUUACUGUGCUGUUGGGAGACUGGAUUGGGGCAGGGUUCCUCAGUUCCAAUUUAUAGGCAGUCUAGCUGCCAGCUUCUCUGCUACCACCAAAGCUAUGGUAACCUAGUUUAGCCGGUGCUCAGGAAUCGUGAUCUGUGAGGCCGCAACAGCUUGGAGGCACUUGAGUUCUAUGGGCUUUCUUCCUGAAAGCAAGAGGAGCGCAAGCUCCUUGCAUCUUUAUUCCAAUCCUUUUUCUUUUCCUAGCCUCCCCCCGCUGUGGUAAAGCAGACUGUAGGUAGUGUUUGAUUCUUGAAGUUGUAAAAUUACACUCUGUGUGUGCUGUGGUGAAGCCUGCAGCCAGCCUGGAAGGCUUUAAUCUAUUUGUAAGUUCAUGUUAGCUACAGACUGGCCUCAGAUCUGCUGCAGGCCUGGAAAUUCAACUGAGUGAGUAAAAGGGACCCUGGAGAACUUGCUAUGCCUGUGCAUGUUCCCCAGCUGGGGAAACUACUGCAGUUGGUUGUAUGCUGCACAGCUUUGCUGAGAUCCAGUCGUCUUGUAGGAGCCUGAGCUUAUGUUGCUAUGAGGUCAGUAUGUUAGUCCAGUUUUGGGGAUGAGGAGGAGAGAAAGAGAGAAGACUUUUGUGUGAAGAUGAUCUGAUCUCUCUUUAACUUUCAUUGCAUUUCCUUUUGAAGGAGGGCUUUCCUGACUUGUACCAAGAUAAAUACAAACAAAAUCAGUGGGAUGUGAGCCUGGGCUCCAGGAACAUCGCACGUUCAUCUUUGUAAUUGGUGUCAGGAGUGGCAAAGGGAUUCUCAGCAUCUGAAACUUCAGAGUCCUUUAUUAUUUGCCUAAUAGCCUGUAGUGAAACAGAGCCAGGAGAAAUGAGCAGGUACCUGCAACCCUCUGUGCAUCUUACCUAACUGUGGCUGGCCAAGGAAGAACUGUCCUUUAAAGUGAUUUUGUUGGAAGGAGAAUUUGUCCCAUUUUGUUCUGCUCCUUAUCUCCACUUCAGUGAUGGUUCUGGCAGAACAGCCCCUCGGGUGUGGGAAAACAGCCUUUGCCUUGCCCUGGCCUGGGAAGCUCAGGUUUGUCUCCAGCCAGCCUCUGCUGUGGCGGAGCAGCCGAGCCUGCGUCCUCAGGGAUGCGCGGUCAAGAUGCUCUCGGCAGCAGUGAGACCUUCCCUCGCCUCCCAUGUCUGCUCAGUGCUGUCUCCCAGCCCUGGCUGCCACGGGAGAUCUGUGCGCAGGGGAGCAGGGAAAGCCAGACCUGGGAGGGAGAGUCAGGGGCCUUGCAGCUCUUUCACAAGGUAUCACACUGGAGGCAUCAUGACUGCUUUCAAGCAGAGCUGGAGAAAGCACUUGAUGCUGCCUUUCCUGUCACCUGCUGCCUUGCUUGUGUGCCCGGGCAGUAGCACACUCCUUGCUUUCCCGUCUCUGUUUCUUCUUGUAACCAGGUAACUCCGGGAUAUGCAGGCCAAUGCUGGCUCGCGUCGGAGCCGGGGUUUGUUGGCAGCAUGGCUGGAUUCAAAGGUGUGGAAAACUCCCUGUGGUCCUUCUCGCUGCUCUGAGGAUUAUAGCUCUAUGAAGCAUGAACAAAACUCACCCUCAGAGAAGUGUUCAUGUAACUACUUUUGAUUCAACGAAGUGUUUCCCUGAAGAAAGAGACUGCUGCCGGCCCUGCAGUGCCUGCGUGGGCUGCACCCGAAGGUGUGUGUGCAUCUCGGCCGUGGCACUGCUCGUCCUCGCUGCCAUCGUGGCUGUCGUGGGCUUGGCGGUCGCAUUGGGACUCCCGCCACGCACACCAGUGAACCGUUUCUGUGUAGCCUCUAAUAACCGGACAGGCUUCUUGUGCGAUGACAGAGUGACUUGUGUCCCAGCCAGCCAAGUCUGCAACAGAAUCCGGAACUGCAGGAAUGGAGAGGAUGAGCGGGAGAAACUCUGUGAUGACUUGCCCAGUAGCCUUCCAGGAUACCUGGUUUUCCGCUGCAGUAACCCUGCGUACUGGAUCUACGCUGAUCAGAGGUGUAAUGGGAUGAAUGACUGUGGGGACUGCUCUGAUGAGAUGGAGAGCUUGGCUGCCUGCCCUCCUUGUGGGUCUGAGUGGUGGAGCUGCACCCCUGUGCUCUAUGAGUAUUGCACCUGCAUCCCAAAAAGACUGUGCCGGGACAGCAUCCAGCACUGUGCAAGUUGGUCCGAUGAGUAUAUCUGCAAACCAUGAAGUUUUGGUGCCAAGAAAUGUUGGAUACCACAGGGCACAUUCUGCGUUGUCAUCUUUAAGCCUUGUUGCCCUCCUGCUUUGCCACCCACUUUUGAAGCUCUACCUGAGCGUAACCUGAUCAGCAGUUCUCCGAUCAGAAUGCAGCAACACUGAAAAGGGACAGAAGUGUUGUGCUUUCAGUACAUGGUUGCCAGUGCUACAGGCUAGACAUGAAUUUUGGGACACUUUAGCAGGUCAUGUGAAGGUGAGUCUUUUCUACGUGGGUAGGGUAGAGUGUCUUGCAGGCUUGAGGUCCUAGGUGCAUUAGGCCAUGCAGUGGACGCCCCUUGCUUUCUGUUAUUUCCAGCCUUGCUUUCUGCUCCAUUCAUAUACAUCUGGGCUUUGGGGCCUGGGGGAUCUUGGUCUGCUCCUGAGGAGCAUCUUUGUACCUACUGGGAGACUGAGGGACCAGGCAGAGCCAUCCCAUAGCCUGGAUCCAGCUGCCAGGCCUCUGACAAUUAACUGCAAACUGACGGAGAACAAGACUGCAAGAGCUGAGACUCGCUGUGUAGCCAGGGUGAGUUGCAGCUCCCAGCCACUCCACUUCCCUCUUGGAAGAGACAGUAAUGUGUUCUGCCUUUUACGAUGAAGGAUGCUGGAGAGAAAAGGGCUCAGUACAGUUUUGGCCCUCUUGCAGACCUUCGGGGAGAGGAAAGAAAUGAGGAAACAGGAGUGAUGACUCUUUCCUCUCUUUGCAAAUCUUCGUUCUGUACAGUGUAGACAAGGAAGACUGUCACCAUGAAAGAAGAGGUUUCCUUAGCGUCUUCAAAGCUCCCAGCUCUGUGGAGCUGGGUUGCACAGACGACCCUGUGCUCUUCGUGAAGUUUAAAGACAUGCCAGUUCUGAAGCUUAGCCAGCACAGCAGUUGCUGCAGAACUAUUUCUAGUUGGAAAUGGGGGGGGGGAAUUGAAAAUAUAACUUUAAAAUAGGCAACAUAGAUUCAAUACGUCAGCUAGUUGUGUGCAAGGUGGAGACUGUUUAUUAGCUGUUGCCAACGCAGAGACGUACCUGUGUCUGGCCAGCCUUGGCUGAGGUGCUUCUCCUGUAUUGAAAUGCUGGUGCCUUUUAAGAGAGUUAGAUGAAGGGACUGUAAAGGUGAAUUGAGGCUUAUCCUGAACAGCAAAUCAGGUGGAGCUGAGUGACAUGAGCCUUUCUAGCCCUGAGUUUAGAGUGAGAAAGGAAAAAGGAAAAAAAAAAAGUCAGUCACAGUCUCAGAGCAGCGAGCAGGAGAAAGCCGAGUGCCACAUCUGCUGCUGGGGCAGCCAUGGGGCAUGACAGGAUCCGUUCAUUGCUCAUUUAAUUCCUGUGCAAGUAGAGCAGGAUCAGUUAGGCAAACCUUCAAAGCAGUCCACAGGAUUAAGAUAGGGACAUGCCAUUGAAAUUUAAGAAAGAUGUGGUCUUUUUCUGCUCUUUCGAAAAACUCAUGUGUCUAAAACAUCAUAUCUGAGAAACAGAUUUACUGCGAGUACUUACUUUCCUAGAUCCAAAAUAAUCUCCAGGCAAUAUUCUUCCUACCACCAACCCAGGUCAUAUAUCUUUAAGCAUAAACAGUUCACUCAUUUCCUCUCUGUCCUGUGAUCUAAAACUUGACGUGUCACUAUGACUUGUAUAAACUGUGAAUGUUUGUUCUAAUUUGUAACUGGGAUACAGCUGUAGAUCUGAAAGAUCUUUUAAAAAUAGCUUUACUGUAUUCUGACUUACACUUUAUCUAAAAUGAGAUAGUAAAACUCUGCAUAAUGGAACAGGUCCUAUGGGAACCUUUUAAAUCUGUAUUUACCUGUUCUCUUUCAUACCUAGCUAGGAAGGAUGUCUUGCUUUCUCUGUGUGUGUGAGACAGUACUGCAGUGUUUCUAGUGCUGGAGCUCAGAGGAGAGGUUGAGUUUUGAAAGUAAACAUUUCUCACUUUCAAGCUUCCAGUUUCAGUCAAAGCAUGAAAGAGAUGCAUAAUCCCAGUCACUUAACAUUUCAACACAGCUGAUUUGGGGUUGGUAAAUAAAGUCUGGUUUAUUGCAGUCACUGUGUUCCUCUUGUUACCCCAAAGUAUGUUUUGUUGAAAUCGAUGAGGAAGUUUUGCAGCAUUUCUUAGGACAAGCUCAGGAAGGCAAGAUUCAGAGGCCACACUACUGAGUCAGUCUCUCUUCCCCCGGAAGAAGAGCCAUUUCUGAUUCAGGCUGGUUCAGCUGUGGACUGUUUGCCUGUUUGGCUUUGAAGUGCAAAGGUGUGUAACAAGCUUUCCCUACUAAGAAGGUGCAAGCAAGCUAGACUGCUGCACGCUUCUAAGGGGCAGUAGUCACAGAUGGAUGGGAGAGGAGGAAAAGAGGAAUCUUACCCCUCAAAAUGGGCAAUUAAUGGGCAAACCCAUUGCAAGAACACACCAGAGCCUGUGUGACUUAUCAAAAAAAGGUUGGCCCUGUAGAUAGAUAACAAAACAGCUGUUGCUAGCAAGGACUGAACUGACUGGCUGUUAAAGGAUAUAGAAAUCCUCAUGCUCAGCGUAGAGACCAGUGUGGUUAGGAAGAAAUCUGCCCUGCACCAGGGAUGUUGCGAUGGCCACGUCUUUCCAGAACAUGUGAUCUGAUGUUUGCUGUGGUCAGGAAGAGGAUGCUGUGCUAUGGCUAGUUAGGCUGACCCAUAUGGCAAUUGCUGUAUUCCUUCCCCUAGUCUGGUAUUUGUCGUGUCAUUGCAGUAGCUCCCUUCCACCGAGUUUCAAGAUGCUCCUGAAGGCAAACAAGAAAGGGCCAAGGAGUGCAAUGUGUGAGAAUGGGAGUUGGGUUUUUGUGCUUGCUGUGUAGGUAUGCCCAUUCCUCCACCUGAGCAGAGGUCAAGUGAUGGUCUGCCUUAGGACAGGGACAAUGUUGGGAUUUUUACCUUAUUGUGAGCCAUGAUAAAAAGGAAGGUGCGUGACUUAAGGGAGGAGAGAUUCUUGUGCUGAACUACAAAGAAAUGGGAUCUACGAUGUGAUCUCUGGAUCUAGGAUAGCCAGUAAAGCUUCACUGGUGUUGGAGAAGCUGACUCACCCAUUACCUGCAGGGUAAUGCCCCACAGUUGCUCUCUGGCUGAUAUCCCUGUGUCAGGACCCAGUGAGUGCUCCUGGGGACCAGGGGGUGCAGCCAGGGGACUCUGACCUCCAGGACCAGUGGGAGGAGCCAGGGACUCAUCCUGCUCUGGCUUUACAUCUGUGACAAGGCUAGCCAAGGGAGACGUGGGAGGCAGAAGCCUGUGGGCAGCAGAUUCACGGCACCAGUCCAUGCUGGGAAGUCAGCCUGUGAACAGCAAGGGAUGCAGCAGGCAGUUCAACCAGGCAGUUGGUUAAGCAUAUAUGUAUUUUAGUUAUCUUCAGUCAUUUUCUUUCUUACUGCCUUGUUUCCUUGUCAGCAGAGUGAGGUUGAGUGUCUUAAUGAGGGCUUUCUUUAGAGAUGAGUGGGUUGAUGGACCAAGGGCAUAGCGGCAAAAAAUGCCUGUCUUCCUAUGUUAAAAUUUGCACAGUGGUGAGUUAAAAAGAGGUGUGCUGGUCAGCAAGAAGAGCUAAGGAAAUGAGUAGUCACCGUACUGAGGAUGGAGAACGUAAGAAACAGUGCUCUAAAACACCCCUUUUGAAAAUGGAGGGUCUGCUAUGUUAUUUCACCCAAUGGCCCUAUGACCUGGGCAGAGACCAUUCAUGCCAAAUCACGAUACACCUGUGAUUUAUCUCAAGGUAUCGGCUCCCAGCUCCUUUACUGAUGCAAAAUGAAAUAUACGGAGGCUUUGAGACCGACAUCUCUUCAUGGUCACAUUCGCAGGUCUCCACAGUCAUGGGAGGGUUAGAAAAAGAAAUCCAUGGUGGCUGCUGAACCAAAAGCCAGCUCUAGGGAGAGGAUUAUAUUUGAACGUCAUGGUGGUCUUCCUCCCUGUUGAGAAGCUGCUUCACUAAGCCCAGCCAUUAUCCUGGAACAGGGCUGAUGUAGUCUUCAGCAAAAGCUAUUAAUCACCUGAGUGUCUGGGAAGAAAUGUAGAGCUUGAACAUGAGUACGCCUGUUUUGUUUGUAGUCCUUUUGAGGAGACUUCAGCAGUAAAGGAACAAAGAGAGAAAAGAUCUUUUCUCCCAUCUCUCUUGCACUUUUGAGGUGAAGUUCCUUUGCUUGGCAUCUUUGUGAAUUCUAAAGAUGUGCUGCUUUUCUUGCUGCUGAAGUAUGCCAAGCAACGGUGUAAAAGGAAGAUAUCCUCUAAAUAAGCACUAGUAGAGGAAACCUAUAGUAAACUGCCUUAAAGAGCACGGUAAAAUGUUUGUAGGCACUGUGCACCUCAGUCAGUUUUGAAUGAAUUCUUGCCCUAUGUGUGUUUUAGGGCAAACAAAUUUAGCGUUACAGCUGUAUUCCUGGCUUUAGAUAGACCAACACAGAAUAAUUCCGAGUACCUAGGUCUGUUGUAGAGGUAUGUAUAUAGCAGUGAACAUUUAUUUGAAUGCUUUUAGAUGGUGAAAUACAGUUAGGAUAUUGCAGACAUGCAUGGGCACUGAAAACAGGUUGUAAACCACAGAAGACUAAAAUGCAGGUGAAUUUACUUGUAAGUGAGCAUAUAUUACAACUGUAUGCUUUAAUCUACAGUAACCCAGUUUCAGCUCUCAUUUCCUGGGUUAGAAGGAGGGAGAUAAGUUCUACUGUUCUACUUUGCAUUUCUGCAAUAACUAUGUUACCUAGGGGUUAUAGUCUCUCUGCCUCCCUCCCCCCAGGGCCUGUGCUUAUCCUGUUUGCUUCCUCCCUUUGUCAGAGCUCUGAGCACAGCCUUGCGCUUACAGGGUGAGGUUUAUAUACUACCACAGCUAUUACAGUCCCGCUGCACUUCACAAGCACAGUGUAGCUGUGUUUGCUGCCUCAGUGACAGCUUUAGGCUGAGUACUAUGGCACCUAGAAUGUUUUCAGUGUCAACAAAAACAAACCCCUCUACCCUGCUCAUCUGAAGAGGGAGUUAAAAUCAGGAGUUGCCUCUUCCAGACAGGAGACUAAUCAUUGCAAGAGAGGAGGGAUAGGACCAAGUAUUUUUCUGAAUUAUAUCUGUGUCAGAAGAAAUACUUAAGGAUGACAAAAAACUUUAUUUUAAAAAUUAUUAUGUAUUGAAAAUAUACAAUAGUAUCAUUAUCCUUCUCCUUGCCUUUAGCCCUCCCCUCCCCAAGCAUAAGCAACUCACUACUAUAUCACAGCAACCAGACUCAACAGUGCUGGUCUCCUUUAUGUUACUCCCUCUCAGUAUGUCUAAAUUCUGUCAUCAGCAAGAAAACAAACAAAGACCCACUUCUUUCUGAGUCAGUAGGUAUUUAACAAAUCCCAGUCCUCCACAGUGAGGCACAAAUGCUUCUGUUUGGAAGUCCUUUCCCUCUCUCGUUCAGCCAAAGCUCUUUUUUUAUUGUUCUUUAAUUCAUGGCUGUCUGCAACCUCCUUUUUCAAAGGUAAAUAGCAAUUUUGAUUUUUUUCCUUAUAAAACUGUAAGUUUCCAGAAGCUUUUGUUUCUGCCUCCGCCAAUUUGCAUUUGACUACUUCCUCUAUUCUGCGUGUCUUGCCAUCUACAGGAAAAAAAAGAGAGAAGAUCAAGUUUAUAUCUGGACAAAACAAAUUGUACUGAAAAAUGCAUAUUUGUGUUGCAAAUUGCUUUGACCAUGCCAACCUGGAAUGCAGACUGCUUUGUUGAAAUACAAAUAGGGAAAAGAACAUUUCUAUUUUGUACUUAAAAAUUUAAGGAGAACAAUAAAAAUCAUUUUUAAAAUAAAAUUCUGUUAUUAAAUGUG